AUGGCGCGCCGCCUCCUCGCCACCCUCCUCGUGGCGUCGCUCCUGCUCGCGCUAGCCCAUCCGGACUCCACCUCGUCACCGCCCGCCACCACUACGUACGACGAGCUCCGCCUCCGAGGCUUCCCGUGCGGCCUGCUCCUGGCCAACGUGCGUGCCUACACGCUCGACGCCGGCUCCGGGGACUUUGCCGUCGACCUCUGCUCCAGGUGCCGCAUCGUGCUGCCCGCGGGGAGCUACCUUGCCACCUUCAGCGACCGCCUCACAGGUUGCCUUGACGACCGUCACAUCUCGGGCCUCAACGGCAUCCGCGUGGGGGUCGGCAGCUAG